CUUUGUUCCUUGCAAGCCCUAUAUAUGCCAAGUGUCCUCCUAUUGAUUUUCAAACUCUGAUUAUCUUCUGGCAUCUUUAUCCCAAAGUUUCCUUGUGCCUUUUACUUUUAAUCUUGGUCUUUCAGUUGAGCUAUACGUCAUCAACAUGGACGUUAUACUCUUUGGUGACCAGACCGUCGACCCAAAGCAGUUCCUAACCAAGCUCCUGCGUCGAAAAGGCUCUCCUCUUUUAUCCUCAUUUCUAGAACAAGUGCAAGUCGCACUCCAAAUAGAAAUAUCAGUCCUGCCCGCAACAUGUCGCAAGAACUUGCCGGCAUUCUCCAACCUAGCAGAGCUCGUGGAGAGAUACCAUGCUGCAGAGCAACCCAACAUCGCGAUUGAAAGCACCCUCACAUGCCUGGCGCAACUAACUCACUUUAUUGGAUACUACGAGGAUUUCCCACUCGAAUACCCGCAGGCUCCGACCACACAUAUUCUGGGAGUAUGUACCGGCCUACUCGCAGCCUCUGCUGUUGCAUCAAGCCGUUCGUUGACCUCCCUCAUUCCCCUCGCUGUUCAAACCCUCCGCAUCGCUUUCCGUCUCGGCUCGAGAGUAGCAACUGUCGGACACCAGGUUGAGUCUCAAACGAGUAGACCUCAGUCGUGGUCGACCAUAGCCUUUGGGAUAAGCUCUGAAGAUGCUGAAAUUGCUCUUUUAGAGUUCAACGAGAACCAUGGCCUUUCACACUCGAAUCAACUCUACAUUAGCGCAGAAAGUUCCAUGUCAGUCACGGUCAGUGGAUCACCAUCUAUGCGACAGCUACUCUUCGGCACAUCGCUGCCGUUCCAGAAUCUCCAAAGUCGAGAAAUUCCAAUCCGAGGACCGUAUCAUGCACGCCACUUGUUCAGCCAAUCAGAUGUCGAUAAGAUCAUUGACACGGAUAUUGCUCACCAUCUCAACAAAUAUUCUUCAAUACACCGGUUAGUGGGAUUGUCAUCUUCCACGGCCCCCACGUCUACUGUUGAGCUCUUCCAGCAGGCUGUGAUGGAGGUUCUAACUCGACCCGUUCAAUGGGAGACGGCCGUCAAAAAUUGCGUUUCCGACAUCCGGUCAUCUGCUGUAUCUGGCGUCCGCGUCUUGGCGAUGGGUCCUACAGCCCUGUCGAACAGCCUCAUUUCUGCCCUCAAGGUUGGGGGUGGCCUCCAAAUAUCCCUAGAAGAUGGCGUUUCGUGGUUCACCCAGAACAGAAUUCCCAAGAGUGUCAGUGGUGACCUCAGAAAUUCCAAGAUCGCUAUCGUCGGUAUGGCUGGGCGCUUUCCCAACGCUGCAGAUCAUGAGGCAUACUGGAAAUUGCUCGAACAAGGACUUGAUGUCCAUCGAGAAAUUCCUCAGGAUAGGUUUGAUGCUCAAGCGCAUUGUGAUCCUACUGGAAAGGGUAGAAACAAGAGUCACACUCCAUUCGGGUGUUUCAUAGACAAACCAGGAUUGUUCGAUCCUAGAUUUUUCAACAUGUCCCCACGAGAAGCCACGCAAACCGACCCAAUGCAGCGAUUGGCACUAUCAACAGCAUACGAGGCCAUGGAGAUGUCUGGAUUUGUGACGGAUCGAACUCCAUCAACGAAGAGACACCGCAUCGGCACUUAUUAUGGACAGACUAGCGACGACUGGAGAGAAAUCAAUGCGGCACAAGACAUUGAUACCUACUUUAUUACUGGUGGUGUCAGAGCCUUUGGCCCCGGUAGAAUCAACUACCACUUCGGGUUUAGCGGGCCGUCUUUCAGCAUCGACACAGCGUGCUCGAGCAGCUUUGCGGCAAUUCAUUUGGCCUGCACAUCUUUGAGAGCUGGAGAUUGCGACACUGUUUUCACUGGUGGCAUGAACGUCCUGACGAACCCUGACAUUUUCUCUGGUCUUUCUAAAGGCCAGUUCCUAUCGAAGACUGGGUCUUGUAAAACUUAUGACGAUGGUGCUGACGGGUACUGCCGAGGUGACGGAGUCGUUACUCUAAUCUUGAAGAGGCUGGAUGAUGCUAUCCUCGACAAAGACCCAAUUCUUGGUGUCAUCAAUGGCAUUGCAACGAAUCACAGCGCGGACGCAGUGUCGAUCACUCAUCCUCAUGCUGGUGCUCAGAAGUUCUUGUUCCAGAAGGUCAUGGACGAGGCAGAGGUCGAUGUUCGGUCGGUCAAUUAUGUCGAAAUGCAUGGGACCGGAACUCAGGCAGGAGAUGGAGUUGAGAUGGAUUCGGUCUCCACCAUCUUCGCUCCUCCGCUAAACAGCAAAGUCAAGCGCCGCCCGGAUCAACCACUCUAUGUUGGCUCCGUCAAAGCCAACAUUGGUCACGGCGAGGCCGUCUCGGGAGCAUGUGCUCUGGUGAAGGUCCUAAUGAUGUUCCAGAAAAACAUGAUUCCACCACACUGUGGUAUCAAGACGAAGAUCAACCAAACAUUCCCCACAGAUCUGAAAGACCGACACCUCAACAUGGCAUUCAAGCCAACUCCAUUUUUACGACCUGCAGAUUCAACCCGAUACGUGUUCAUCAACAAUUUCAGUGCAGCCGGAGGAAAUACGGCAAUGCUCCUCGAGGAUGCCCCACAGAAGACCCCCUUGAAGCCAGACAGCCGCUCAAGUCACGUGAUAACAGUGACAGCGAAGUCUCUCUCUUCCUUCAAAGGGAACGUCAAGCGACUUCUGGUGUGGGCCAAGGACUUGUCAGAUUCAAGUCUUCCCAGCGUGGCAUACACUACAACAGCACGAAGAGCACACUACCAGUAUCGACUGGCGUUCGAAGCAAGGAACAUGCAGCAAGUUCGCGAGACGCUCAACUCCUUUGCCGAGGUCUCGCGGCAACCCAUCUCGAGCAAUAAGAAACCGAAAGUGGCAUUUGCUUUUACCGGACAAGGCUCCCAUUACAUUGGAAUGGGCAAGCAGCUUUUCAAGGAUGUUGCCCAGUUCCAUCAAGAUCUUGAGGAUUACGACCAAAUUGCUUGCAACCAUGGUUUCCCUUCAUUUAUUGGUCUUAUCGACGGUACGGUUCAAGACCUCACAGAUGUCUCUCCAGUUGUAACCCAGCUUGCCAUCGCAUGCAGCGAAAUGGCUCUGGCACAAUUAUGGAAGUCUUGGGGGCUCACACCUGCAGUGGUGAUUGGUCACUCACUGGGAGAAUAUGCUGCACUGCAAAUUGCUGGUGUUCUUUCGGCUCUCGACACUAUCCUUCUCGUGGGCCGUCGUGCGCAACUGUUGGUUGCGAACUGCGCUGUGGGAACUCACGGAAUGCUGGCCGUGCGUGCCAGCUUUUCCACUGUGGAAUCCCUCAUCUCUCACAUCCCAGUCGAGAAAGCCUGCAUCAAUGGACCAGAAGAACUCGUCUUCUCUGGAACCGUGGAUCAUAUCGAGCAACUGAGGGAGACGUUGGCAACGAACGGCUUCAAAGCCACGAAGCUCAAUGUGCCAUAUGCUUUCCACUCAGCACAAGUUGACACAAUCCUGGACGAAUUCAAGGCUGCUGCAAAGUCCGCCGUUUUCCACGCUCCGCAGAUUCCUGUUAUUUCCACGUACACUGGAUCCGUUGUCAAGGAGUCAAACAUCUUUGGCCCCGAAUAUCUUUCUCGUCAUUGCAGAGAGAGUGUCAACUUCCUGGGUGGUGUGACCUCAGCAAUGCAGAGUGGAAUUGUUGAUGAGCAGACUGUGUGGCUCGAGAUCGGGCCUCAUCCAGUGUGCUCCAACAUGAUCAAGAGCAUUCUUGGGAAAGAGACAACCGCUGUUGCAUGCCUGAACCGGAAUGAUGAUCCCUGGAAGACGAUCGCUUGCAGUCUGUCGACGCUCUUCAACGUGGGUGUUGACAUUGAUUGGUCGGAAUACCAUCACACCUUCAGUGAUUCGCACGAAGUCUUAUCGAUGCCAUCUUAUGCCUAUGACGACAAGGUCUACUGGAUUGACUACAAGGAGAACUGGACUCUGACGAAGGGCCAGAAAGUGGUACAAGAAGAAGUCAAGCCUAGCCUCUCAACUACCUCUGUACAAAAGAUCAUUCGGGAAAACAUUGAUGCCGAUACUGCUCUUGUGGUGGCUGAGUCGGAUCUCGCUGAGCCUUUGCUACGAAAAGUCAUCGAAGGUCAUCUGGUCAACGGUGUUGGCCUCUGCCCCUCGACUCUCUACGCCGACAUGGCUCUUACGCUCUGCGAUUAUGCAUACCGAACCGCGAGACCCCAGGGUGGCAAGCCAUUUGUCAACGUCGGCAACAUGGAGACACACAAACCUCUCGUUUUGAAUCUCGAAGGAAGCUCUCCCAGCCAACUUGUCCAAAUCGAGGCCAAGCUCGAUUUCACCAAAGGGCGGGGUGUCAUCAACUACCGAACUGUGACUCCUGAUGGGAAGCUCGUGGACCAGGCAAAAUGCGAUGUCACCUACGAAGACUCUGCAGCAUGGACAUCAGAAUGGGAGAGGCGAAAAUUCCUCGUCCAAACUCGAGUCGACAUGCUGAAGGCUGGCGGGAAAGGCAUCCACCAAAUCCAAAGGGGCCUUGCUUAUAAGUUGUUUUCUGCCCUUGUUCAGUACGAUGAUAAAUUCCGAGGCAUGGAAGAGGUCAUCAUGCACAGCGAUGGUCUGGAAGCAACCUCCAAAGUGGUUUUCCAGGCAACCAGCAAGGACGGAAAUUUCUUCUUGAGUCCAUACUUCAUCGACAGUCUUUGCCACAUUACCGGAUUCAUUAUGAAUGCCAACGAUGCUGUGGACUCCAAGAAAAACAUAUACAUUUCGCAUGGCUGGGAAUCUCUUCGUUUUGCUAAGAACAUUGACCAGGACAAGCAGUAUAGGUCUUACGUCAAGAUGCAACAUGUUCCUGGCGGAGGAAAGAUGGUUGCUGGUGAUGUGUAUGUCUUCGAUGAGGCAGAGGAGAUCGUUGCAGUUGCCGGUGGUGUGAAGUUCCAGUGUGUCCCCAAAGCACUUUUAGAUACUCUCCUGUCUAGCAAGAAAGCAACUCCUCGUCCAUCACCGGUUCCAGCAACUCAAGUCAAGCAACAGAGGACUUUGCAAACAACCACUAAAGCACGCACGUCGCAGCUCACAAGCAAGGGACCAAUUGAGUUGGAAGUCACCAAGAAGGCCAAGAAAGUAUCAACCCGGGUCGACACUCAGAUGACUGGCAAUCUCACAUCUAAGGCGCUUCUCAUCAUUGCAAACGAAGUUGGAUGUGAGAUCUCCGAACUUGCUGACCCAAUUGCACUUUCCGACCUCGGAAUUGACUCGCUCAUGUCCCUCAGCAUUUCAGGGAGGUUCCGCGAAGAGCUUGAACUCGAGUUCCAAAGCUCAGUCUUCAACGAGAUGGAAACAAUUGGCCAACUCAAAAGCUUCAUGCGAAAGUUCGAGACUGUCUCUGAAUCGCCUGCCACUUCUGGUUACUCCACUCCAGAGAUGAUGAACAGCGACGCCAGCGAUUAUUCCGAAUGCGAAUCUGAGCUUCCGGAACCUGAAGAUCCAGUGGUUCAAGACUUGGGUGAGACCGGUGCGGAUAGCGAUCUUGUCCACAUUAUCCGAUCAACCAUCGCAGAAGAGAUGGGUGUUGAGCUCGAAGAGAUCUCAGACAACACCGACCUGUCAACUAUGGGCAUGGACUCUCUGAUGAGUCUGAGCAUUCUCGGAGCAUUGAGAGAGAAGACAGGUCUCACGAUGCAUUCUGAUCUCCUUGUUGAGAAUACUUCGAUCGAGAUGAUCGAGACUUCCCUAGGUUUACGAACUGUUAAGACACGAACAACAGCCAAGAAAGGAUCGAGCAUCGAGGCAAAGGUUUCCGUCACAACACUCAAGCCUGCUGAAACAUGCUCCAGAUCCGCAUACCCACCUGCAACAUCAGUUCUCCUGCAAGGCAACCCGAAAACUGCAACCCGCACCCUCUUCAUCCUUCCAGAUGGCUCCGGCUCCGCAACAUCUUACACCACGAUUCCAGACAUUGCAGCUUCGUCCCUCAAAGUCUACGGCCUAAACUGCCCAUUCAUGACCAAGCCUGAGCAAUUUACCAUCGGUGUCCCUGGAGUCACCCAAAUCUACAUGACCGAGAUCCAACGCCGACAACCCAAAGGCCCGUACCUCCUCGCAGGAUGGUCAGCCGGUGGAGUCCUCGCCUACGAAAUGACCCGCCAACUCAUCGCCAAAGGCGAAAAAGUCGAGAAGCUCGUCCUCCUCGACUCCCCCUCCCCAGUCGGCUUGGAAGCCCUACCCCCAAUGUUCCACCAAUACUGCAAAGAAAUCGGGCUCCUCGGCACCGACUCCACGAUAAAGCUUCCCGAGUGGCUGCUUCCGCACUUCGCUGCCACUGUCCGCGAACUCACGAAUUACUCUGAGAGUCUCGGCGAUGCGAGUCAGAUUGACGUGAGCCAGAUGCCGACUACGGUCUGCAUCUGGGCGCGUGAUGGCAUUGUGCACAAGGAGACGGACAAGAGGCCAGACUGGGACCCGAGUGUCAGGAUGCCAAACUCGAUGCACUGGCUUGUUAACAACCGGUCGAAUUUGGGACCUUGCGGAUGGGAGAAGUUGGUGGGGAAUAAUGUCAAGUGCCUCAGUAUCCCUGGGAACCAUUUCACGAUGAUGAGAGCGCCUUUGACCAACGAUCUCGCUGCUUGUAUGAAAGAGGGCCUGGAACUCUAGAUGGAACAGGCCUGAAGGGCUAUGAUUGAUGAUCUUUUCACUUUUGUUAAUUCUCAUUUGCUUUUUAUUUCUAUAUUCUGGGUUUAGAUUUGGAUUUCUCGCUUUUGUAGCGCAGCGGCAUCUGCAAGGCAUGGCAACGGCAUUGAAUCUUAUACACACACCCUCCUUAGAGUAAUUUGUAGUAUCGUGUAUUCGUAUUCCAGAGGUACUUGGCUGACGUUUGAGAAUUUGGUUUUCAUAGCAAAAUAGAUUGGAAUUUUUUAUAUAUCCACGCUGCUUUCCUCGUCUCGUG